CUCCAUCUUGGCCAAGCCUGGAUUCCCAUGGUCCCCCGACCUGGGUCCUCCCUAAGCCUUUGUACAGAGUAGCCCGGGAAUAGAUCCAUCUCCACCCCUCGAGUAUAAAUAAGCCUGUUUUGCUCACUAGGGGAUAGCUGUGCUUGUCUAGGCUGGAGUUGAAGGGCACACAGAAGCAAGCAUACAGAUCAGCGAUGACUCCCACGGGGGCAGGCCUGAAGGCCACCAUCUUUUGCAUCCUGACCUGGGUCAGCCUGACUGCUGGGGACCGCGUAUACAUCCACCCCUUCUCUCUCCUGUACUACAGCAAGAGCACCUGCGCCCAGCUGGAGAACCCCAGUGCAGACACACUCCCAGAGCCAACCUUUGAGCCUGUGCCCAUUCAGGCUAAGACCUCCCCCGUGGAUGAGAAGACCCUGUGUGACCAGCUGGUGCUGGCCACUGAGAAGCUAGGGGCUGAGGAUCGGCAGCGGGCUGCCCAGGUCGCAAUGAUUGCCAACUUCAUGGGCUUCCGCAUGUACAAGAUGUUGAGAGAGGCAGGAGGUGUGGCCAUUCUCUCUCCACCGGCCCUCUUUGGCACCCUGGUCUCUUUCUACCUUGGAUCCUUGGAUCCCACGGCCAGCCAGCUGCAGGCACUGCUGGGUGUCCCUGUGAAGGAGGGAGACUGCACCUCCCGACUGGAUGGACACAAGGUCCUCACUGCCCUGCAGGCCGUUCAGGGCUUGCUGGUCACCCAGGGUGGGAGCAGCAGCCAGACGCCUCUGCUACAGUCUACCGUGGUGGGCCUAUUCACUGCCCCAGGCCUGCGCCUAAAGCAGCCAUUUGUUCAGAGUCUGGCUCCCUUUGCUCCUGCCCUCUUCCCACGCUCUCUGGACUUAUCCACUGACCCAGCUCUUGCCACUGAGAAGAUCAACAGGUUCGUGCAGGCUGUGACAGGGUGGAAGAUGAACUUGCCACUGGAGGGGGUCAGCACAGACAGCACCCUACUUUUCAACACCUACGUUCACUUCCAAGGGAAGAUGAGAGCCUUCUCCCAGCUGGCUGGACUCCAUGAGUUCUGGGUGGACAACAGCACCUCCGUGUCUGUGCCCAUGCUCUCGGGCACCGGCAACUUCCAGUACUGGAGUGACGCCCAGAACAACUUCUCCAUGACGUGCGUGCCCCUGGGUGAGAGCGCCACCCUGCUGCUGAUCCAGCCCCACUGCAUCUCAGAUCUGGACAGGGUGGAGGCCCUCGUCUUCCAGCAUGACUUCCCGACUCGGAUAAAGAACCCACCUCCUCGGGCUAUCCGCCUGACCCUGCCCCAGCUGGACAUUCGAGGAUCCUACAACCUGCAGGACCUGUUGGCCCAGGCCAAGCUGUCCACACUUUUGGGUGCUGAGGCAAAUCUGGGCAAGAUGGCUGACACCAACCCCCGAGUGGGAGAGGUUCUCAACAGCAUCCUCUUUGAACUCAAAGCAGGAGAGGAAGAGCAGCCAACCGAGUCGGCCCAGCAGCCUGGCUCACCCGAGGCACUGGAUGUGACUUUGAACAGCCCGUUCCUGUUCGCCGUCUAUGAGCAGGAUUCAGGUGCACUGCACUUUCUGGGCAGAGUGGAUAACCCCCAGAGUGUGGUGUGAGGCCUGGGUCCCUUUGAGGCCUCGUGUCUAGCCACGGAAACAAGGCCGGCGUCGGAGAGCCAUCCUGGGCAAAAAAUCAGUACUGUCACCCCUGGCUUCCCAUCACUCCUAGCAAGGCAGAGGCCAUCUCCUUGGAGACUGCACUUGGAGACAGAGAAUAAAUGAUGAACAGCAGAGCUGGCCUCCUGGGCUGUGGGUUUGUUUGGACACUGGGGUGAGAGCCAGGGGCUGGCACUCUGCACAGGACUGCCAUUCUGGACAAAAUUUGGACCAAACAACUGUUGUUGAAACCAAAAAGCAUCCCCUUUUUAUCCGAGAACAGAAAUUGGGUUUUAACAUUAAAAUGAACAUUGUCCCCUUA